GAGGGAGGGGCGGCUCGGCGCCCGCGGUUUCCCGCCUCGGGAAUGCCCGCAGCCGGAGGGAAGCCGUCCCCGGGGAGUAAGCGCUGCUGUCCCGGCCGCGGGAGGAGGCAACUUUGAGGUCGACAGCAUGUCCUCCUCGGGCCCAGCUGCAGAGGGAGAGGGAACCCCCGCCCAGCCCGCGUCCGAGAAAGAGCCCGAAAUGCCCGGCCCGAGAGAGGAAAGUGAAGAGGAGGACGAGGACGACGAGGAGGAGGAAGAGGAGGAGGAGGAAGAAAAAGAAAAGAGUCUGAUCGUGGAAGGCAAGAGGGAAAAGAAAAAAGUGGAGAGAUUGACCAUGCAAGUCUCUUCCUUACAGAGAGAGCCAUUUACAAUUGCACAAGGAAAAGGACAGAAACUUUGUGAAAUUGAAAGGAUACAUUUCUUCCUGAGUAAAAAGAAAACGGAUGAACUUAGAAAUCUACAUAAACUACUUUACAACAGACCUGGCACAGUGUCCUCAUUAAAGAAGAAUGUGGGUCAGUUCAGUGGCUUUCCAUUUGAAAAAGGAAGUGUCCAAUAUAAAAAGAAGGAAGAAAUGUUGAAAAAGUUUAGAAAUGCCAUGUUAAAGAGCAUCUGCGAGGUUCUUGAUUUGGAGAGAUCAGGUGUAAAUAGCGAACUGGUGAAGAGGAUCUUGAAUUUCUUAAUGCAUCCAAAGCCUUCUGGCAAACCAUUGCCAAAAUCUAAGAAAACUUCUAGCAAAGGCAACAAAAAGGAACGGAACAGUUCUGGAAUGGCAAGGAAAGCUAAGCGAACCAAAUGUCCUGAAAUUCUGUCAGAUGAAUCCAGCAGCGAUGAAGAUGAAAAGAAAAACAAGGAAGAGUCUUCAGAUGAAGAAGAUAAAGAAAGCGAAGAAGAGCCACCAAAAAAGACCUCUAAAAGAGAAAAACCUAAACAGAAAGCCACUUCCAAAAGUAAGAAAACUGUAAAAAGCGCUAAUGUUAAGAAGGCAGAUAGCAGCACCACCAAGAAGAAUCAAAACAGUUCCAAAAAAGAAAGUGAAUCUGAGGACAGUUCAGAUGAUGAACCUUUAAUUAAAAAAUUGAAGAAACCUCCUACAGAUGAAGAGUUAAAGGAAACAGUGAAGAAAUUACUGGCCAGUGCCAACUUGGAAGAAGUCACAAUGAAGCAGAUUUGCAAGGAGGUAUAUGAAAAUUAUCCUGCUUAUGAUUUAACUGAAAGAAAAGAUUUCAUAAAAACAACUGUUAAAGAGCUGAUUUCUUGAGGCAGAGGAGAUAACUUGUCCCGUGGACGUCAGGAUCUGAUUUAUACCGUUAUACCAGCAAAGAGAAUGUAUUUCCUUUUCUACCCCUUGCAAGCGUUGUGUUAGUAGAACCUGUCGCUGAUCUUUUUAAGUAAAUUUGAGUUUGUUGUUUUAAAUUGCAUUUCUAUGCAGUUUUUAGUUUAAAAUUUUGCAUGGCAGUAAUUGUUCCUUGCUUUUAUAGCUGUAUUUUGUACAUUUUGGAUUUCUUUAUAUGAGAUCGUAGUUUUAGCGUGCUUAGUAUUCGCUUGUUUCAGACAUACUUUUAACGAAGUAGAAGAAACUAUUAUUGACAUUUAUACAUGCAGAGACUAUGGCAGUAUUUAGUAGAUGAAAUAUUUUGAAUACACAUCUGACAGUGGCAGUGUGUUCAUCAUAUUAAAAAUAUACAGGCUUCAGCUAUCCAGAUGAUUAAAUUGGAAAAUUUCUGCUGCAUGUGUAUAUAUGUCAAAUCGUCAGCAUGACAAAAGUGACAGAUGUUAUUUUUGUAUUUUUAAAAACAACUUUGUUGUAUAUAAAGUUUUUUUAUUUCUUUUGUGCAGAUCAAUUUUUAAACUCCUAUAGGUAGGUAUCUUUACAGUUAUAAACUAUGAAAUGUCAGUGUUCGGCCAGAUGGUAUGUGACGGAGCAGCGAAAUCAGAAUUCAGUGGAGAAAACACUGAAGGAACAGGUUGUUCUCUGCUUUGCCUCAGAAGUGUCAAUUUGUAGUUUUAGUGUUAACUCUGCAAGUGUCUGUAGAUAACAUUUUAUGUUAAGGGUAGACCAAAUCAACACAUCAGAACUUCAAAAUUGGGGGAAGGGGAUUAAGUACAAGCACAUUUGGCUUCUAAUGAACUGAUUUUUAUUAACUGCUUUUACCCAUGUAAAAUGCGGAUAUUUACAGGAAACCUGGCCUUUAUAAUUAUGGUAAAUGUACCAAGUAUAAUGCUAGAAGAUAACGUGUAGGCAACAGUGGGUAUCUCCGACAAAGUAUUUCUCAAAAGUGAUAAAAAGACUUAUUUUUAACAUUAAAGAAGUUUAAUGUAUUCGUGGAAUCAGGACUUUUAGGUUUUAAAUUUUGGCCAAUCAGGAUUCUGGGUGAUCAACACAGCCCACUCCUGAAUUAGAUUGUUUCAUCUUUUACAUUGUCGUAAUCAGUUUAUUAAAUAAUUUCUGAAUUUUAAAAACAUAACUGCUUAUGAGAGAAUUAGGCCUUUGAUAAACCAGUUGAGUGUUUAAACGGAGAACAUGAAAUACAUAAAAAUGAUAAAUGUUGGCCGUUAGCAGGUACUUUCACAGGUCUGACGUGUUUCUUGAUAAAUACAAAUGAAUAAACAACUGAGACCUAAAAAUUGGCCGUUGAUUUUAAAUAUUUAAUUUGUUCCUAUAAACCUUGUCAAUAAAACUAAUAAAUCCAU